AUGCUGCGGAUCUCAUUGGCGUCGCCGCGGCCGAUUGCCGGCCUCCGCAUCUACAACUACAACAAGUCUGAGGAGGACUCGUUCCGUGGUGUCAAGACGUUUGAGCUCUGGCUCGACGAUGCGCCGCAGGUGUACGCGGGUGAAGCGUACGAGUGGGUGGUGCGCAAGGCCGGGGCGACCGGGACCGAGGGCGGACAUCUGCUCGAGCUCAAUCCGCAGCUGCGGGAGGCGCAGCUGGCUACUGGGCUCGGCGCGGAGUGCGAGAGUGGGAGCGGGAAGAACGAGGCGAGUGCGUGGCGGCGGCGUGAGCCGUUUGUGCUCCCGACGGUGGUGGGCGGUCUGGUGGUGGAGAUUGUGCUCCUCUCCAAUUGGGGCGACCUGUACUACAUGGGUAUGGACGCGCUGCGAGGGUGGAGCCUCAGCGGCGAGGAGCUGGACCUCGAGGCGCUGUGCGAGGAGGUUGUGGGCACGCCGCCGGACAUCAACGUGCUCGACGGGGUGUCGGAUGAUACGCGCGGAGCGCACAACGUGGUGGUACCGGAGGAGAAGCGGCGUGCAGGCAUGUCGUGGCUGGUGCCGUGGCACCCUGCCGGCAAGGCUGUGCCGCGGCUCAAGCUUGUCUUUCCGGCGCCGGUCUUCUUCUCGUGCCUCGAGCUGGUCAACUACUCCAAGACGCCGAUGCGCGGCGUGCGACACUUUCAGCUCUGGGUCGACGGCCUCCUAGUGUAUGCUGGCACCGUCGACGCCGGUGGGCGGCACACAAUCGGGAGGCGGCCGCAGGCAGGAGGGAGCGGCGGACCGGUGCCAUCGCCGCCGUCGCGCGCCCGGCGGGCGCUCGCCGAGCAAGCUGUUGUCUUUACCAAUGACAGGGUCCAAGUCGCGCGGGGCGGAUCAGCGCGCUCGCUUCGGCAUCCUGAUGCGGUGCGGUGGAACUUGAAGGCACGGGCGGCGUCCAAGCGACCACCAACGUCACAACGGUGA